UGGCACUAGUUGUAGUGUAACUGUAAAGUGGAGAGUGGAGAGUGGAGAGAGGCCUUUCGGAAUUAGUAAUUGAUAAAACGAGUGACAAUGCAAUCGCAUUUGCUGGUGGGACCUAUCUCCGUCGCACCAUAUCCUGCCACCGCCGAUUUCAAUCCCUUCCACUCCGCCGUGCCGCCCACCUGGCUCAACCGUCGUCGCCAACGCCCACCGCUCAUCGCAUCUUCUUCGUCGUCUUCUUCCUCGGCUGCGGCAAUCAACGGAGGACUGAACCACUACGCCGUCCUCGGCGUCGCCCAGACCGCCACCUCCGCCGAGAUCAAACGUGCUUAUCGACUCCUCGCCCGCAAGUAUCAUCCUGAUGUCAGCAAGGAUUCACACGCAUCUGAAUUGUUCAAGAGCAUCCGUCAUGCAUAUGAAGUACUAUCCAAUGAAGCAACGAGAAUUCAGUAUGAUCAGGAACUUCAAUUUGGUCGCAAGCCUUACAGGGAAAAAUGGAGUUACAGCACUGAAUUUGAAGACCAGGUAAGAAUCUAUAGGUGGGCCAACCUGAGGAAGAAAAUGAAUAGUGAAAGAUACGGGGAGCAUGACAAUGACAAUGAGGACUACUACAGCAGUGAAACAGAUGAGGAGGAAGAUGAAGAAAAUGUAGAUGAAGAGAGGGGUUCUUUCAUUGAAGUGAUUAGAUCAGCAUUCAUGUCACUAUUAUUGUUCCAGACAUUAGGAUCCCGACUCUCCCUUACGUUUAGCAGUCUGACGGCAUUGUUUGAUAAGAAGUUAGACAGCGGCUACAAAAUUGGUUAUGUAAUAGCAUGGAUUUUGGGUGGGAGGGGUGGCAUAAUGCUAACAUUGUGCUUGUCGUUUGCAAGUUGGGUUUGCGGGAAAACCAGCAGUAAUGUUGUUGCACUAGUUAUGGUAGCCAUGUGGGUUGGCUCCUACCUUGCAAGGUACGCGCCACUUCCCCAAGGUGCUCUGUUAACACUUCUCUACAUGUCCAUUAAGCUUCAAUCUGACCAAAUAUAAAGACCAUGCCCGCUACAGGCAUUUCUUCUGAAUUUGUAUCUCUGACUAUGCUAUUUAUUGAGGUUGAUGUACAUAUAUUCCAGUAAAUGUAAAUAAAUAUUGUAAUCUGUUUGCUGAUGAUUAAUAAAGUGCGAAAAUGGUUGAUGA